CUGCUUCUUGUCGACGCGUUUGCCCUUGCAUAUAUUCAAUUCACCUCCAUGGCCUUGGUGAUUGCGGCCCGCUGAACACUAAUACUCCCUUCCUUCACUCUCUCCAGGCAGCAGCUAUAUUUAGCACCCUUUCUCCAAGACUUGUAAGAUACUACAUCGUAUCGAAUACUGCCACUAUGGCCUUCACCGGCGUCACACCCGAGUCUCUCAUUCCUCGCUCAGACUCGAGAAAUCCUGCUACCACCUGUAAGGGAAUUACCAAGUCAGGUAGGCCUUGUCGUAGAGCAAUCGAUGCAAAGGAUUCAACAGAUGAUGGCGUGCUGGCUGUGAUAUCUGUAGUUGGUGAUAGCGACGAGGAAGAGACUGGUGCGGCAGCAUACUUUUGCUGGCAGCACAAGGAUCAAGCCGAGCGAUUAACAAGUGGAAACGCGCAGGGUCAGGAUACCCAUCUCUAUCCACUGAAGGAGAGGAGCAGUAUCGACACUCUUGUAGCUCGCCUUGGCGUGUUGGACGUCGAAGAUCCUGCAGAGGCACAGAAACAAACACAACAAAAACGGCGAAGACAGAGCCGGCAAAAUGGAGCAGCUCGACCACCGCGCAGGAUCAAUCGACCGCCAACCUGGGAUCAUGUCCAAGGACCAUUGAUGUCUGUUCCUAGUGACCUCAUGGGGCAACAGAAACACUCGAACAAUAGGCCCACCGCAAGACCUCGAAACAAGAAGACUUCGUUUUGGAGGUCCCUAUGCUGCGGUGUUGCCGACAACCAGGAUGACGAUUAUGUGGAGGUUGUAAGGCACAAAACCCGAAUACACAACCAGCAGCCUGAAACAUUGAUGAACUCAAACGUGGAUGACUUUCUGCGGCCACAGGGGGGUGGACUGAACGGGAUUGGGACUGCCCCUAGACCAGUACCAACGUCGCGGCCUCAGAGUGGCAGUGUGCCUAACACGAAGACCACUCGGCCUUUGAGUAAGGCUUCGACCCGCCCAUCGGAAACAGCAACGCUUUUGUCUUAUAUCCCAAAAUCGCUACCCCCCCAAUUAGCGUCUACCCUUCUCGCCGAGGCAUCCAAACCGAUUUCGCAAUCCGAGGAGGAAGGUUACAUCUACAUCUUCUGGUUGACACCUGACGACCUCGGUCCAGCACCUUCUUCUACGGCGUCGACCUUGCUCUCCCCACCAUCUCGACCAGAUCAAACCCGACGAACGUCUGACGUACUGCGACAAUACUCGGUGAAGCACUCCCAACGGCCCCGUGGCGACGCCCUGCGGCAGCAAUCUAGUAAAGCAUCCACUCCUGAACCCGAGAAGAAGACCAUUUUUCUCAAGAUCGGCCGUGCGAACAACGUCACUCGGCGCAUGAACGAGUGGAAACGGCAAUGCGGUUACAGUCUCUCCCUUGUUCGCUACUAUCCCUACGUACCUUCAGCCUCGUCUCCUUCGCCUUCCCCCAAUGCCUCGCCCGCGCACUCGCGUCAACCAUCGUACAACGACCGACGCACAUGGGAAUCGAACAGGCGUGCUUCAGCCGGCGUAAGGAAAGUCCCUCAUGCACAUCGUGUGGAGCGACUGAUCCACCUUGAGCUGGCAGACAAACGGGUUAUGAAGCAGUGUGAGGCAUGUGGGAAGGAGCACCGGGAGUGGUUUGAGGUUGAGGCCAGCAGAGAAGGGAUUAAAGAGAUUGACGAGGUGGUCAAGCGGUGGGUGGAUUGGUCAGAACGUAGUAUAGAGUGA